AUGGAAGCAAUUCAAGCAUUGCCCGUGGGUACUGUGGUUGCUUAUGGUGGUCCGGCAAUUGCUUUGGGUGGUCUCUCGUUGUUUUUUCUUAGAGGGUAUGUGAAUAAUCAUAGGAAUGGAUGGGGAUCUUCCAAUCUCCCUCUUCCACCAGAAGUACCAGGGGUACCGAUAAUUGGGAAUCUGCUGCAACUGAAGGAGAAGAAACCUCACAAUACUUUUACAAAGUGGGCUCAGACUUAUGGACCUGUCUAUUCGAUCAAAACUGGCGCCAACAAAAUGGUUGUCCUCAAUACCGGCGACGUUGCCAAGGAGGCAACGGUGACCAGGUUCCAAUCCAUCUCAACGAGAAAGCUAUCAAAUGCGUUGAGGAUCCUCACUGCUGAUAAGAGCAUGGUUGCAAUGAGUGACUAUGAUGAGUUCCACAAGACAGCAAAACGACAUGUUCUCACAAAUGUAUUGGGACCUAAUGCCCAGAAGAGACAUCGUAUCCACAGAGACACCAUGAUAGGAAAUGUUGUACAACAGUUGCAUGCUUUUCUGAAAGACCAUCCAUUUGAAGCCGUAAAUCUCAGGAAGAUAUUCGCGUCCGAACUUUUCGGAUUAGCAUUGAAGCAGGCUCUGGGAAAGGAUGUGCAAUCCAUUCAUGUGGAGGAACUUGGAACUACUCUGUCAAGAGAUGAAAUAUUUAAGAUUUUAGUACUUGACCCAAUGGAGGGGGCAAUUGAUGUGGAUUGGAGAGAUUUCUUCCCAUAUAUGAAAUGGUUUCCAAAUAAAAGCUUUGAAAACAAAAUCGAGCAGAUGCAUAUUCGCAGGCUUGCAGUGAUGAAGGCCCUAAUUAAGGAGCAGAAGAAACGUAUUGCUUCAGGCGAGGAAAUCAACUGUUAUCUUGACUACUUGUUAUCUGAAGCAAAAACGCUAUCGGAGAAACAAAUAGAGAUGUUGCUUUGGGAAUCAAUUAUUGAAACAUCAGAUACUACUUUGGUGACCACAGAAUGGGCCAUGUAUGAACUUGCUAAAGAUCCAGAGCGGCAGAAUCGUCUUUAUCGGGAAAUUCAAAGUGUUUGUGGAGCUGACAAGAUUACAGAGGAGAAGUUGUGUCAAAGUCCAUACCUUGCUGCUGUUUUUCACGAAACUUUAAGAAAGCAUAGUCCUGUUCCAAUAGUUCCCCUACGAUACGUUCACGAAGAUACGGAGUUAGGAGGUUACCAUAUCCCAGCGGGAAGCGAGAUUGCUAUAAACAUCCAUGGAUGUAACAUGGACAAUAAUGUGUGGGAGGUUCCCGAGGAGUGGAUGCCUGAGAGAUUUCUCGACCGGAAGUAUGAUUCCGCCGAUCUGUUCAAGACAAUGGCCUUUGGAGGGGGAAAGAGGGUAUGUGCUGGUGCUCUUCAAGCGAGUCUGAUUUCUUGCACCGCAAUUGGUAGAUUCGUUCAAGAGUUUGAGUGGAGACUAACCGAUGGAGAGGAGGACAAUGUUGAUACUCUGGGACUUACAACUCACAAACUCCAUCCAAUGAAAGCAAUCAUCAAGUCUAGAAAUUGAUGUCGGAGGCGUCGACUGUCUUGCCGAGCAAUCAAUGGUGGUGGUAACUCAAGCCCCCUCCUCCUAUCAGUUCUUUGGCUACACCCCUUUAUUUUCUGCUACAUUAUGGACAUGUCUGUAGAAGUUCAUUGACCACAAUGUAAAACUUUCUGAGAACAAUGCCUUAGUUAUACUGGUUAUCCAGAGGAUUGUAUGAUUGAGAGAGUAAACUGCUGUGUUGUGUUAAGGUCGUGAACACUGUAACUCAUUAAGUUUGCAAGUUAUAUGCAAAGAACCCUGG